AUGUUUAAACAAAUAUUAAUAGCCACUGUUUUAAUUGUAGCUUUUUCGGCCAUCUCUUGCAACUCUUUGCAAAUUGCUCCAACUUGUUCAUCAUGUUAUUUAUCAAUGGAUACCUCUAUCUAUUAUUUGAACAAAAUGAUUAACAAUGGCGGUGCCCCAGCUGGAACCUCAUUCAACAUUACCAUGAAAUACUAUGGUAAUAUCCAAGCUGGUGUAGCUCAAGUUACCGUUUACUCUCCAUCUGGGUCACCAAUGGUCAUUUCACAAAGACUCUUGGUCAAUUUCGAUGGUAGCGAUGACAUGAACUUCCAAAUAAAUUCUAGUCCAACUUCAGAUACUGGUUCCUACCAGAUUACCAGUCUUAUUUGUGCUGAAUCAUGUCAGUCAAACGACAAUAAUGCACAAGUUUUGGACAAGAGUUCUGAAACUUUUCAAAUUUUCCCAUCACACCAUAUAAAUAACUAA